GAUAAAUAUCCGAAGAAAUGUCAAGUUGUGUCCAGUUUGAGCAAUACUUGUUUGGAAAAUAUAUUAAAAAACAUUGCUUUUAAUGAAGACAUGUUUCAUAUUCUCCCACAAGCAGUCAAAACUGGAUUGAUAAAGAAGCUUUCAUUGCGCGGGUCACUCAAACAUCAUCACUUUAAAAAGUUGCUACAUGCUAAGAUUCAUUCGCUCAAUCUUAGCUCAUGUGUUGUGAGCGAAAAUGAUCUUUACGCGAUUGCUAAUGCUUGCAAAAAUCUCCAAAAGUUGGACGUUAAUUCGGAAAAUAAUUCAAGAAACGACAUUACGGUCAACGGUAUAAAAGCAGUUGCUGCAUCGUGUAAAAUGCUGCAUACACUGUAUUUACGUAGAUGCUUGUUGAUGAACGACGCAGCCAUAGUUGUUGUUGCAACGCAAUGCCUUCAUCUUAGGCAUCUAAAUAUUGGAGGUUGUUAUCAUGUUUCGGACAUCGCUAUAAUCUCUCUUGCAAACCACAGUUGCAAUCUAACCAGUUUAAAUAUUUCACUAACGCAGAUCACAGAUAAUGGGGUAUGUGCUUUAGCGAACGGAGUAUGCCACCAAAACAUACAAGAAGUUCACAUGGCUGGUUGCUCAGCGCUCACUGAUUUUGGCGUCUCAGAGCUUGUAAAUAAAUGUCGACAACUCAAUAUCUUAAUACUGCAUAAUUGUUCUCAAAUUACAUCGAAAACGUGGGAAAGUCUUGAAGUCCUACAAAGACGCGGAUCAAAGCAAAUAUCAUGGACAAUUCGAUAGUAAAGAGUUAUGAGUACACUAAGAAUUCAGUUAUAUCCAAAACGAUUUUAAGUUGGAAGUAAUAAAUAUAAAAACGAUGAACAGCAAUGUGAAGUCGAUAGUAAGAUUAUUUGUUCAUAAAUGCAUAAUUUGCCAGCUGAUUGUCUAAUUUGUCUUCUAUUUAUGUUGAGAAAA